AUGGACUCGACCGACUUUGUCAACUCGGAGCAUGACCUGACCUCUAGGAUGGACGCCGCCAGUUUGGCCGACACCCCUCGCGCCCCUGCAGAGACCCCUGCUCAUGUACCAAGAUAUACUCCCUUCGAGCCAACACGACAGGUCACCAAGGUCAGGGAUGAGACUGCCGAAAAGAUUCGCAUGGACUUUGAAGAGUUCAUCGAGCGGUUCGAUCCCAACGCUUUCCCCGAUCAGGCGAAUGCAAGAUCGUCGCAGACAGGAUCCGCGGAGUCGCCUUACUUGCAGCAGCUCAAGAUGCUCAGCAACUACGACGGUCACACUCUUUUCGUCGACUACCACGAUCUCAUGAUGCACGACCAGGUUCUUGCAGGCGCUAUCGAGGAUCAAUACUACCGUUUCUUGCCUUUCCUCCGACGCGCCGUUCAGAACUUGACAUGGAAGCACAACCCUCAAUACGCAUUCAUCAACACUACCAUGGGAGAAAACAGCAACAUUCGUCCUACAGGAGCCAUGUCUCGAGAAUUCUCGGUGGCGUUCCACAACGUGCCCUCAUAUGAGGGUAUUCGCGACCUCAGGAUGAGCAGACUCGGAAAGUUGAUGACCAUUUCCGGAACUGUUACUCGUACAAGUGAAGUCAGACCUGAAUUGAUCCAGGGAACCUUCAUCUGUAAGGACUGUGGCACCAAGAUGGACGAUGUUGAUCAGCAGUUCAAGUAUACCGAGCCUCUCAUGUGCCAAAGUCCAACAUGCGGUAACCGAACCAACUGGGAGUUGAACAUUGAGCAGUCCAAGUUUAUGGAUUGGCAACGUGUUCGCAUUCAGGAGAACCCCAACGAAAUCCCCACAGGAAGCAUGCCAAGAACGAUGGACGUUAUCUUGCGUGGAGAGGUCGUGGAAAAGGCCAAAGCAGGAGACAAGGCUCGUUUCACAGGAAUGUUAAUUGUUGUGCCUGAUGUGAGCCAGCUUCGCGGAGCUGGUACAAGCGUCCAGUCGGAGCGUGAGACACAGGAUCGCAACCGCGGCAAGGAUGGCUUCUCGAACCAAGGUAUUACAGGAUUGAAGGCUUUGGGUGUUGGCGAUUUGACCUACAAGUUGGCAUUCUUAGGUGGUAUGGUUCAGAUCGGAGAGGUCAAGAAUGACGCCGCUUUCGACCGCGACCCCGAUAACACUGAGCAUGAGCGUCAAAAGUUUUUGGAUUCAUUGCAGCAGGAGGAAAUUGAUGAGCUCCGCGACAUGGUCAACAUGGAGGGUCAGAUCUACAACAGGCUGGCCCUGAGUAUCGCACCUGCUGUUUUCGGACACCACACUGUCAAACAAGGAUUGCUGCUCCAGAUGAUGGGAGGUGUUCACAAGGUCACCCCUGAAGGUAUCAACCUUCGUGGGGAUAUCAACGUCUGUAUUGUCGGUGAUCCCUCCACAAGUAAAUCUCAAUUCCUCAAGUAUGUCUGCGGAUUUUUGCCAAGGACAGUUUACACCUCAGGAAAGGCUUCGUCGGCUGCCGGUUUGACUGCCUCCGUUGUCAAGGAUGAGGAGACUGGCGAGUUUACUAUCGAGGCCGGUGCCUUGAUGUUGGCUGAUAACGGUAUCUGUGCCAUUGACGAGUUCGACAAGAUGGAUUUGAAAGAUCAGGUGGCUAUUCACGAAGCCAUGGAACAGCAGACCAUUUCUAUCGCCAAGGCCGGUAUUCAGGCCACCUUGAAUGCCAGGACAUCUAUCCUAGCUGCUGCUAACCCUGUGAACGGAAGAUACAACAAGAAGUUGACCCUCAGACAAAACGUCGCCAUGUCGCCACCAAUUAUGUCCCGUUUCGAUCUCUUCUUCGUUGUUCUGGAUGAGUGCGACGAGACCACAGAUUACCAGAUUGCCCGACACAUUGUUAAUGUCCACCGCUACCGUGACGAGGCUCUCCAGCCCCAAUACAGCACCGAACAGGUCCAGCGCUACAUCCAAUACGCCAGAACAUUCAAGCCUAAGUUGUCAUUGGACGCUAUGCGUCUGCUCUCUGAAAAGUACCGUGAUUUGAGACAGAUGGAUUCACAGGGAAGCGGAAAGAACUCGUACAGAAUCACCGUCCGUCAGCUGGAGAGUAUGAUUCGUCUUUCCGAGGCGUUGGCCCGUGUUCACUGCACAGACGUCAUCACGGAAGAAUUUGUGAAAGAGGCCAGUCGUCUUUUACACUCGUCGAUCUUGACGGUGGAGAAGGACAGAAUUGACCUGGAGGAUGAGACCGAGAUGGAUGCAGAAGGUUUGACAGCAGAAGAGGCUGCGAUGAUUGAUGCAGAGGAAUCGAACACUAUGGAAAGCGACACUGCUCACCCUGACUCACAAAUCGACCGCAAGCGCCGUAUGGACUAUGAAGAGUUUGAGCGCGCCAAGGAACUCUUGGUCAGCCGAGUUCGCCGCGCCGAGGAUGGUGGAGUUACCCAGGAUGACCUUGUGGUUUGGUACAUUGAGACGAUUGCUCAGGAUAUUGUUGACCAACAAUUGGAUCUUGACGAGGAGGAGCUGAUUAUCCGCAAGGUGAUCCGUCGUUUAAUGAGGAAGGACCAGGUCUUCUUGGCAAUCGCCAGUGGAGCGUCAGAAGGAGGUGUCUCGGCAGCAGAUACUCCUAACCCCUUGCUCGUCAUUCACCCCAGUUACAUCUCUUCUGAGGACCUCUAA